AUGCUGGGGCCAUCACAGCCGAGGGCUGCUGACAAGUGGAACGAAAAGGUCGGGUCCUUCCGAGCCCUGAUGAUGUCGUCCAUCUUGGUAGGAUUCAUUUUUUUCCCUGAUGCGGUGCCGUGUUGUUGCUUGAGGUCGCCGGCGCUUAACGGCAUCCGCCAUCGACCAACACCACUCCCAAAUUCUCGGUUGCAAGAGAGAUUUCGAGUCAAGUGUGCCUCGCUGCUCGUCGUUGAUUCGCCAAUGGGUAUUUUACUUCUGAAGAUGGUAUGGGCUUUUUCUACGUUGUUGCUUCGCCCCUUUGACCUCCAUUGGAGAGGGAUCCACACCGGGCCCGAAACCGCGACCCGGAAAUGGGAGCCCGUUGAGGGCCCGGACCCCACUGCCGCAAGGCGAUGCUCCUGCAAAAGCUCACCACCAGACAUGGGAAUUGGAGAUACUGCUCAACACCACUCUCAGCCCGACCCGAGAGUUUGGUUUGAUGGUGUUUUCCUUGAGGCCUUUGAGGGGCACCUGGGUGUCAUGAUGGAAAACAUACCGGGUUCAUGGACUGUCACCCGGGCAUCGGACUACAACAAGUCAACAGCCACCAUGUGCAACUGGGAGCAAACCAAGUUCGAGGCGUGCAAGCACACCGAGACCAAGCGGAUGGCCUACUCGUGCGCCAUCUACACGAGGCACACCUAUGGAGAAUGCAAAUUCGAUCCCAAGAAGAGCAAGGUCUUUACCGUCAUCAGCUACGGCUACUGCAAGGAGUGCUGCGAGAUGUUCAACAAAUAUGUGAAUCUAUGA